UUUAAAAUACUUAAAAACCAAUGUUACAAAUGUUAAAUUUAAAGUAAACCUCACAAAAAAAUCACAGAAAACCGUUAGGUUGCUGCAACAACCAUAAUUGAACGUUUGGUGCCAUUGAAUGAACAAUUUUGAAGCUCCCACUUUGAAAAAAUAUCUUUCCACUUUCACUUUUUAGUUUUUACCACAAACCCAAUCAACAAGUGACUACAAAGAAUCAGACCUUUGAUUCAACAAUUUUGCAGCUCCCAUCAAAUCAUUUUUCAUCACAAUUUUUGCAAGUACGUACCAGGUCAAAUUUUCACCUUUAUCUUAUAUUUUAUUAAUUAGUUGUGUUUCCUUCAAUCUCUGUGGCAAGUUCUCAGAGUCUUAAAGUAAAGGGAUACCUGGCUUUGUUUUGUUUGGUUUGGUUCCUUUUUUUUUUCUUUCUUUCUUUCAUAUUCUGCUGCUUGGUAAAAAAUCAUAGAUUGCUAGACAGAAAUGAUAUUUUUUUGUUUUCACCACCCCUGAACCGUCUAAUCCGGUUCGGGGUCAGUUCUGAUAUCAAGUAGUUCCAGCUGUCUCCCGAUCUCAGUUGUGGGGAUCAAAACCGUGGUCCCUACCAAGUUUUGCACCAAUAAAUUUAGAUAUAUUCAUGGAAAAGUGAGUUGAUCAAUAAAUUUUAGGAUAAAUAUCGCGUUUGAAGGUAAACGUGUUUCUAGAAUGGUCAAAGACGUAACCAAUAGUUAGUUGGUCCAAUGGUGAUUGACGCUGGACUUGGUAGGGAGGACCAUAGUUCGAUCCCUCACAACUGCGAUCGGAGGGGGAUGUAACCACUUGAUGCCAGAACUGACCCUUGAGCCAAAUUAGGCGGUCCAAUGGGCCGGAUACUGGUGGUGGAAAAAAAAAUGGUCAAAGAUGUAAAAAUUAAAUUUUAUGCUCCUAGAAUCAUGUUAUCCUCUCAUAAAAGCUUACAUUGUUAUAAUUGAAUAGUAUGUGAAAGUUGCAUGGUCUGUUUACAUUUUUUGAGAGGUAUCGAGGCAUUUGAAAAUUCUGCAGAGUGAUUCGGAGAUUCGAGUUUUCAGUUUAUAUUUCAAUUCAAUCCAUAUGAGCAUGUGCUGCAGAAAGUGUUAUUUGAUCUCCAUUUGCUGUACCUUAUAAGUUUUCAGAUUUCACUCUGAAAUGUUUAUUUAUGUCAGUAGUAUUUGCUCUAGGAUAAUAAAGGGUUUGUUUUAUAGUUCUUUUGGGGCUAAUAUUGUUAUUUGUGUUCCUAUCUUCUUGAAUGGUUUGUAGUUUAGAGAUGCUGGGUCACACUGAUCGACUAUCAGAAGAAUUGCUAUCAUCAAAGGAUCAAAUACUUGCAGAUCCCGUGUCUGAAUUAGGCGACGAUGAAGAGGAAAAUUGUUCAGAAGAGAUACUUUACUCAGUUUCUUUUGAAGAACUUGCAAGCAAUAGUAUUAAAUAUGAUACAGUCAUAUGGCUUUCAAUAUCGUUACUGUUGGUUUUAGCUUGGGGAAUUGGUCUUUUAAUGUUGCUCUACCUUCCCUUUAGGAGAUAUGUACUUCGUAAGGAUUUGUCUUCUCGCAGAUUAUAUGUUACACAUACUGAAAUAGUUUACAAGGUGUCAAGGCCUUCAUUUAUACCAUUUUGGGGGACCAUAACGAUUGAGAGUUGUGUACCUCUUUUUUUGGUGAUCGAUAUUAUUAUCGAACAAGGUUGUUUUCAGUCUAUAUAUGGUGUCCACACUUUUCGAGUUGAAAGUAUUGCUCAUGGAAAAGCUGCUCCUGUAGAUGAACUACAAGUUCAAGGAAUUUCUGAGCCUGAUCUUUUGAGAAAGGUGAUCAUAACAGAAGCUUCAAAGAUCUCAAAAGAUUUAAGUAAAAGUUGGAAGCCUAUUGCUCCAAGCAUAGACGUAGAAAACAUGGCUCGUAUGCCCGCAACAACUGAGGGACCAGUUGUCUUAAGAUCACCAUCAAGAAGUCAUAAGAUUAUAGGCUCACCACAUUCUUCUUCAGUAGAGCGCAGAAUAGCUGGAGGAUUGCUUCUUAAUAAACUCGGAGAAGUCAAUAAAUCCGUAAAGGUUUUUAUCUCAUCUUAAUAGAAGACUUGAGCUGCUUAUUGAGAAGUCGCACGGCUCUCCGGCCACCAGCUAAAGUGCCAUAGGCCAGUAAGAAUUGGGUUGGAGUUUCCGAGUCAGCUGUAAUACCUUGUUACUUAAAGUCUACUAUGAAAUAUAUAAAAAUUCCUUUCUUGUAAUGUUAUUACUUUCAUUGUAAGAGCUUACUCACAUACAUUUCAAUAAAAAUUUCAUUUCACUGUUAC